UCCAUCUCGCAGUAGCACUUUAGCUAAAACGGACGGCGGGAAGUUCUUGGUACCGAUUUAUCCACAAAUCAAGGAAAACGAAGCGGACAAUAUUGUAAACAAUUGAUAAUUCACUAUCUGUAAUUGAUGGCUUUGUAAACGGAAAUACGCUAAAAAAUAAGACUGAGCUUCGCGGUGCGGAAUUCAGCUAGCAUCAUCAUGGCUAACGUCGGAAACCAGUUACCAACACAGGCCAUUGCCAAGCCUGGGAAACAUGGAAACGUACUGCCCCUGUGGGGCAACGAAAAGACUAUGAACCUUAACCCAAUGAUUCUUACUAAUGUACUGUCGUCGCCGUAUUUCAAAGUUCAGCUCUACGAACUAAAGACAUACCAUGAAGUUGUGGACGAAAUUUAUUUCAAGGUGACUCACAUUGAGCCCUGGGAAAAAGGAAGCAGAAAGACUGCAGGUCAGACAGGAAUGUGCGGAGGGGUGCGUGGCGUUGGGACCGGGGGGAUUGUUUCUACUGCUUUCUGUCUUCUUUACAAACUGUUUACGCUCAAGCUGACACGCAAACAGCUGAUGGGUCUGAUCACUCACACGGACUCUCCCUAYAUCAGAGCUCUUGGAUUCAUGUAUAUAAGAUAUACUCAGCCUCCAGCAGAUUUAUUAGAGUGGUAUGAUGGCUUCAUGGAUGAUGAGGAGGAGCUGGACGUAAAAGCAGGAGGUGGCUGUGURAUGACCAUCGGAGAGAUGCUUCGUUCCUUCCUGACCAAACUGGAAUGGUUCUCCACUUUGUUUCCCCGAAUCCCAGUGCCUGUACAGAAGCAGAUUGAUCAGCAAAUGAAGGCAAGACCCCGUAAGGUGGCUCAGAAAGAGCCUGAGGAAGAGACGGAUUACUCAGAGGCAGGGAAACAAGGGGAACGGCGCCACUCCAGAACCCCAAGACGAUCCCCGAGUCCCAGAAGGUCACCCAAACGGUCAAGAAGCAGGAGCCACCACCACGAGAGAGAACGCCGCGGCCCGAGCUUCGACCGUGAACUGGAGCGAGAGCGUGACCGCCAGAAGAAGGAGAAGGAUAGGGAGGGGAGGGACCGAGACAGGGACAGGGGGGACAGAGGGGACAGGGACAGGCGGAGAUCCCGCAGCGCAGACAGGAACCAAGAGCGGCGAGAGCGCAAACGAAGUUGCAGCGGCAGCAGGGAGCGCAGGAGCGAACGCAGGGAGAAAGAAAGAGACGGAGGGGAGGACAGGAGCAGGAGGAAGGAGCGGGAUCACCACAAGGAUAAGGACAGGGGGACAGAGAAGGACAGGUCCAGGGAGAGGAAGAACAGGGGAGAAGCCGACGAGCGGAGGCACAAAGACGACAGGGACAGACACAGGGAGGACAGGAAGUCCAAGCGGUCCAGCCGAAGCCGCAGCAGGGACAGGCGGCACAAAAGUGGCGGAGACGAGAAGAGCAGGAAGCGAGAGCGCAGCCACAGCAGAGAGAGGGACCGAGAGCGGGACGGAGAGCAGAGACAUCACAAACGCAGCGGCAGCAAAGAGAGGAACCGUCACCAGCGAGAGGCCAGUAAUGAACAUAGUAAGCAUAGCGACCGCAGGAGGAGUCAGAGCACUGAGUAAACUACUCGCAGCAAUAUUCUGUUUUUCUUCCUUUUCUCUACUCGUCUGACCCGCUGUGUGUUGGAGAGGAGGAACGUCCACACGCAGACUUAGCAUCAGAAGCCGUCUUUUGGCCAACGUAAUGUUGCUUUCUACUUGUUUUUUUUAGUGUUUCUUCCCAGUUAGAACAUCGUUAGACCUCAUUUGAAACCUGUAAAGUGACAAAUGGCAUUUUAUUUUAUGAUUUUUUUUUGUUUGUUUUGCCCCCAAAAAGAUAUGGGUUUGUACAGAAUGUGCAGCGUCUGUUCACACACCGUUAUGCAACAGAAUUGAACUUGAAGGCUCAGCUUCAUACCGUCAGCAUUUUCUGGAUUUAAUUUGUAAUGGGUUGUAAAUUUUCCACCUGCACAAAAUAGCUUACUUCUAAGACUGGACAGAAGUGGAUUUGUCAUCGGUUUAAAUUCAGACUGAAGCGUGAAAAUGAUGCAGCUGAGCCAAUGCUGAACAGUUCUGUCCGUGAUUGUUUGUAGACAGUCUGAGAAUGUUUUAAUCCCCUGAAGGGCAGACUCCAAAGGUUUAUUUUUACCACACACACCCAGCCCCCCUGCUUGUGUUGUGUUUGAGUUAUUGCUCUGUUGCAUUUUGUUUUCUAAUAAAACACUUUUACAAAAAAA